AAGACCUUCUGUUUGUUCUCUCUACAAAAUAAUGACUCAGGAAAGUGUGGAAAAGAAGCAAAAACUAGUUCAAAGCGAACAAAAUGGAUGGCUUCCUCCAUCAGUGAAAGAAAUGAAAGAUCCUUUCCAAUUUGCAUCUGCCACUCAUCAUUCAAAAAUCCCAGAAAGAAUCGCGGAAAGUCCCAAUGAACCUGUUUAUCUUGGAGUAGAUGAAGCUGGAAGAGGUCCAGUAUUGGGGCCUAUGGUGUAUGGGAUUGCCUACUGUUUAGAGAAGUAUCUGAAAGAAUUGAAAAAAUUCGGAUUUGCUGAUUCGAAAACUUUAAAAGAAGAAAAAAGAACAGAAUUAUUCCAAAUUAUGGAUCAAGAAGAGCAUGAAUUAAAUGUAAAUGUAGGAUGGGCUACGCGUACUAUGACUGCUAGAGAUAUCUCUAGUGGUAUGUUACAGCCUAGCCACGGGAAGGGUUCAUACAACUUGAAUGAACAAGCACAUGAUGCCACCAUUCAACUUGUACGUGAAGUCAUUCAACUGGGGGUCAAUGUUAAAUAUUUAUAUGUUGAUACUGUUGGACCACCAACUACAUAUCAAGCAAAAUUACAACGUGAAUUCCCAGGAAUUAAUGUUACUGUUGCGAAAAAGGCUGAUAGCAUAUAUCCAAUUGUCAGUACUGCAUCUGUGGUUGCCAAGGUUACCAGAGAUAUGAACUUACAAUACUAUGUAGACAACUUAGCCACCAUUGAUGAUGGUAGAAAACUUGGGUCAGGAUAUCCAUCUGAUCCAAACACCUCAAAAUGGCUCAAUGGGAUGGUUGAUCCGGUUUUCGGAUGGAAUUUUGGAUUGGUUCGGUUCCUGUGGCAGACCGCCAAGGACUCAUUGGUAAGAAAUGGAGCAGUUGACGUUAUUUAUGAGCAUGAUUGUGUAAAGAAUGAUGCUGGAUAUGUUGAAAUUGAUUCAUUUUUCACCGAAAAGGCUGAUAAAAUCGGUAGAGAUUUUUAUGGUAAACUGGUUACUUUGUAAGUUAUAACAAGUUGGAUAAGGGAAUAUGAAAAGAGGGGAAAGACGAAGUAAGACAAUUUACUCCUGGAAAAUGGUGGAGGAAGUCUUACAGCCUUGUGCGGGCAAGUGAGUAGCUACCUGCCCUACGGGGUAUAUAAGCCGCUCCGCUGGCACUCCGUGGGCCACUAGCCGUGGGGGCCAUGUUCCUCUACGAGGAAGCUCUGAGGAAUUGUUCAAUCUCCC